AUGCCUCCCAUUCCUCCUCCCAGUUACUUGCUUCAAUUCCACGAGGACUUCGUUUCCAAAAUUACCCUUGCAUUUUAUAACAUUUGCAAAAAUGACACUAAACCCAACCAGUCACAGUGGUCGUCCCCGCAAUUACAGCCAAGUGUCAGUGGUAGUUUAGGGAAUUCAGUGUGUUUUACAGUUCAGGGUUUGCCUCGGAUUCAGAUUCUCGUGCUGAAUUUCUCCUCUAAAUUUGGUAUAUUUGUCUCUGCUGUAAAGGACUGCAGAUCCAGAGAACUUUCUUCCAGACAUCAGGGUACAAUGCGUGCACCAUCAUUGCUUGCACAGUGUUUGCCUGGCUUGGUGCCUCAUGAAAAAGGAAGUCAUAACGUGUCUUCCAUUUCUGAGAGAGAGCCACAUCUCCCUUCACCAGCUGUUGAGAUUGUCCCUUCAAAGACAGCUCACCCAUAUAAGUAUGCGGGCGAGAAUAUUGAAUUGCAAGGACUCAAUGUGUUCAAGGGAAGAGUUAGUGUUUCUGAUAUCAUCGGCUUCAAUAGUUCAGAAAUGAUCUCAAAACCCGAUGGGCAUCUGAAAUCUUGGGAUAGCUCCAUUGAUCUUGUUAAUGUCCUUAAACAUGAGAUUCGAGAUGGGCAACUUAGCUUUCGAGGAAAAAGGGUGGUUGAGCUAGGUUGCAACUAUGGCCUUCCAGGGAUUUUUGCAUGCCUGAAGGGAGCUUCCACUGUGCACUUUCAAGACCUUAAUGCAGAAACUAUAAGAUGUACAACUAUACCAAAUGUCCUUGCCAAUCUUGAGCAGGCUCGAGACAAGCAGAGUCGACAGCCAGAGAGCCCCCUGACUCCAUCAAGACAAACUCUGACCCAGUCAGUGCACUUUUAUGCUGGUGACUGGGAAGAACUUCCCACUGUCUUGUCUGUUGUGAGGAAUGAUGGGUUUGAAGCGACAACAGGAAUGCAUCUAAGCUUCUCUGAGGAGGAUUUUAUGGAUGGAUGUAGCAGCCAAGAUGGUAGCAUCUUGGCACAAGAAUCUUCUUCAAGGCGAUCGAGGAAGCUUUCAGGAAGCCGGGCAUGGGAGAGGGCUAGCGAGACAGAACAAGGAGGUGGAUAUGAUAUUAUCCUGAUGACAGAGAUCCCAUAUUCGUUGACCUCGUUGAAGAAGUUCUACGGUCUCAUAAAAAAGUGUUUGAGGCCCCCAUAUGGAGUGCUGUACUUGGCCAUGAAAAAGAAUUACGUUGGCUUCAACAGCGGAGCUCGGCACUUGAAAAGCCUGGUAGAUGAAGAAGGCAUUUUUGGAGCCCAUUUAGUGAAGGAGAUGUCUGAUAGAGAUGUAUGGAAAUUUUUUCUCAAGUGA